AUGAGGUUCAUGUGGAGCAGUAUCUUUAAUAAACCACGGCUGUGCCUCUCGUCCAUCACAGCAGCUCCUCCCUCCUACCGAUCGCUCCAUGUUGGCCAGAGAGCCUCCCUCACCAAAGCAUUCUCCUCCCGUGACGUGGAGCUGUUCGCGGAGCUGACGGGCGACACCAACCCCCUCCACCUGGACCCGGCCUAUGCCAGCACCACCUCCUUCGAGACACCCAUCGUCCACGGUGUCCUCAUCAACGGCCUGAUCUCGGCCGUCCUUGGCACCAGGAUGCCCGGCCGGGGCUGCGUCUUCCUGUACCAGGAGAUCCGCUUCCCGGCACCACUCUACAUUGGCGAGGAGGUGCUGGCCGAAGCUGAAGUCCGCAAGAUCAAGAUGUCAUUCGCCUUCAUUGCCGUGACGUGCUCUGUCAAGGACAAGGUGGUGAUGGAGGGGGAGGUGAUGGUGAUGAUGCCUGAGGAGCAGCAGCAGAAGGAGUGAGAGGAGCGGAUGAGGGCAGACGUCACAGUCCCCUGAUGUUGUAUUUGCAGGGAUUGAAAUAGGAGUGCAGUGAUUUCAACUCUGCGCAGCUCGGUGUCUCCGGGAUAAUUUGGUUGCAACAGUGCUUCAGCACAAUGGAAUUUGGCCCAUCUCCUGUUAUUUUUGCUUAUUGAUCAUAUGCUUGAAUACUGGAACAAGAAGUGCGUCUGGACAGAGUGGUUUGGAGAGAAACGUUUCAGUCACUUGAUUUAUUUUUUAGCAUGUUUGACUUGAUAGAUCUGCUCUGUAUUUUGUUUAAUAUGUGUGUGGAAUAAAAACACCGAACAACA